GAUGAAAGUAACGACAUACACGACAAGCACAAUCGGAAGCAGCACGAUAUAAGUGGGACGGCGAUUAGGGUUCAAAGUCUUACAUCCCUCGACGAACCUUGCCGUCGCCGUCGCCUCUCCCGCUUCAAUAAUGUCUGGCAGAAAGAAGACUAGGGAGCCCAAAGAGGAAAAUGUGACGCUUGGGCCGGCUGUACGAGAAGGGGAGCAAGUGUUCGGUGUCGCUCACAUCUUUGCAUCAUUCAAUGACACUUUCAUUCAUGUUACGGAUCUGUCUGGGAGGGAAACACUUGUUCGUAUUACAGGUGGUAUGAAGGUUAAAGCUGACAGGGAUGAAUCAUCUCCAUAUGCAGCCAUGCUUGCAGCACAAGAUGUUGCACAGAGAUGCAAGGAACUUGGUAUUACUGCCUUGCAUAUUAAGCUGCGAGCUACUGGUGGGAAUAAGACGAAAACUCCUGGUCCUGGUGCUCAAUCUGCUCUCAGAGCACUUGCUCGCUCUGGAAUGAAAAUUGGCCGUAUUGAGGAUGUAACCCCGAUCCCCACAGACAGCACCCGCAGAAAGGGUGGAAGAAGAGGAAGGAGACUGUAGUACAUCAGCAUAUCCCCAUUUUUGUUGUCACAAACAGUUCGGUAGUUUCUUCAAGAUAAAUAGUUUAAUCUCGCCUUUAUUUAGCUGAGGAUAUUUCUGAAUGCAUGUUUCUCACAGUACUGCUUUCCCACUUUUGAGAUUUGCAUGUUAAAUUUAUAUUGGUUGAAGAUUCCUUGUUA